AUGAACCUGUUUCUGGUCCUUCUGGGCCUGUUCUGCUUCCAGUAUGGAAGGGCAGACUUGUUCACCUCAAUGGCAGACCUCCAGAGACUUCUACAGAUGGAAAAGGACAUUCCCAAAGUCAUAGAGAACUACAUUCAGUCUGAAAAUGAACGAUUGGACAAUUUAAAAAAGCAAGUUUUGUCCAUUUUUUAAUUAAUUGAAAUUUAGGAUGGUAGCCAAGUACCGUUCUAAGAACUCGAACGUAGAGAAGAACAUGGAGUAUGCUUCCAAUCCAGUUAACGCCUUCCGAAUGAUCAAGCGACUGUCAGAUACCUGGAAGACGUUACAAGACAGAAUGAGAUCUGACAGAACUGAGGAGUUCAUUCAGAACAUCUCCUACGCUGGAAGAGCUCAUCUGCCUGAAGCCGAAGAUCUGAAUGGAGCUGUGGUUGGGCUAUUGAGGCUGCAAGACACUUACAGACUCGACACCAGGGAUCUGGCCAAGGGAAUCGUUGGAAGAGUACCAACCAGUCGGCCAAUGUCAGGUAUGCUUAUCAUGGUGUUUUAACAAUAUAUGACACGGAUUAAACCUUAUUACUAACAAGGAAAGUUCUAUAAACCUAGGUUAAAUUUUAGCUUUGGAAGUGUUUGAAGUUGGCAGAAUCUCUUACAAUGCCGAAGACUACUACCACACGUUAAUGUGGAUGGAAGAAGCCUUGGAAUUGGCAAAGAAGGAAGAUCCCCCAACGAUUGGCGAGCACGAUAUCCUAGAAUACCUCGCCUUCGCUUACUUUAAGCAAGGGAACGUUAAGCACGCUUUGAUUGCAACAGACCGCUUAUACAAACUUUGGCCAGGCCAUCCCAGAGCCAAAGGUAACAUCAAGUGGUACGAAGACCAGCUGGCGGCCGAUGGAGUAAAACGAAGCGACUUCAGAAGAAAUCCAGGCCGAGUUACAAACCCCAGACCAUUGGAUGGCUUGGAAUACAAAGAACGAAACAUCUACGAAGCCCUAUGCAGAAAUGAAGUCCCUGUGGUAAGUACUUUCUUGCUUUACUUUCCGAGUUUAUUAUCUUUUUAAUAUAACGUUCUUCAGAGUGUCAAAGCUACAUCACAACUGUAUUGCUACUACAAACGUGACCGUCCUUACCUCAUACUAGCUCCAUUUAAAAUCGAAAUCCUCAGAUACAAUCCAUUGGCCGUGUUGUUCAAAGAUGUGAUAAGUGACGAUGAAGUAGAGAUUAUCCAAUCACUCGCUUCUCCAAAACUGGCUCGUGCUACCGUUCAAAACAGCGAGACCGGCAAACUAGAAACCGCAUCUUACCGUAUCAGUAAAAGGUGAGUAAAGUACUCAAUUUAUAAUAAACUGAACAUUGUAGUUCCUGGCUGAAGGGAAGAGAACAUGAGGUCGUAGAAAGGGUCAACAAACGUAUCGACCUCAUGACAAACCUUGAACAAGAAACCGCUGAAGAGCUACAGAUUGCCAAUUACGGUAUUGGUGGGCACUACGAUCCUCAUUUCGACUUUGCGAGGGUACGUUUUGAAUGCCAUUUGAAUAUUUAGGAAUUCAGUGAUGUAUUUAUAUUUACUCAUUUCGUUUAGAAGGAAGAAACAAAAGCAUUCAGCGAUCUCGGAACUGGUAAUCGUAUUGCUACCGUCUUGUUUUAUGUAAGUGAUUCAUAAAGGUGCUUUAUGUAAAUUUAUAUGUAAAUUGAACAAUUCAGUUUAAUCAACCUUGCUUUAGAUGACACAACCUCAGAACGGCGGAGGAACAGUAUUCACAGAACUGAAGACUGCCGUUAUGCCUUCAAAGAACGACGCUCUGUUCUGGUACAACUUGUACCGUAGUGGUGAAGGUGAUCUCCGUACUAGACAUGCCGCGUGUCCGGUACUGUUGGGAAUCAAAUGGGUAUCCAACAAAUGGAUUCAUGAGCUCGGUCAAGAGUUCAGACGUCCUUGUGGCCUAAGGCCAUCGGAUCAGGAACGAUUUGUGGGUGACUUGGGAGGCCCGGAGCCCCGCUACCACCCAAACUUCCGCUCCUAA